CACGUGACAGUUGCUUCAUGACAUCGAUUCAUGGACACUGGAAGGGGCAUCUAUAGGUACAGUCACAACAUAUCAAAAGAAAGGAGGUCAAGUAAUAGGACAACAUGCCUGAAGUGGAAAAUUUGAGCCUCUCUAAGCAAUUGCAGUUCUAAAAUAAGCUCACAGACAAAGGGGUAUCUAUGAAAGAAACUCAUAUCCAUCUGUACAAAAAGGCUGACUCUGAUACUGUACAUAAUGAUUAAAAGAAGAAAAGUAAAAGCUUUGAUAUGUGGGUGUAGGAGUAAGGAGGGCCCUGUGAACUUGUGAAGUGAGUAAAAGUAAGUGGGUGGAAGCAAUGGCGGUAGCAUCAGCAAUACCUUUUUCUCUGUUGCUGUUAAUGCGGAUUACAGGAAUGAUGGCAGCAAUGCUGGUUGUUGUCUGGGUCGUCCACUUUCGAGGAGGAAUGACUCUCAUUUCAGAGGACCAAGGUCUCAUUCGCAAUGUGCAUCCAGUAUUGAUGCUUGUCGGCUUAAUAUUGCUCAAUGGAGAAGCUAUGUUAAUAUACAAGACAGCGCUUGGAACAAAAAACUACAAGAAGGUUUUGCAUCUUGUCCUGCAAGCUUUUGCACUUGCCCUAGGAGUAACUGGCAUUUGGGCUGCUUACAAGUUUCACAAUGACAAGGGUAUUGGUGGCUUUUACAGUCUACAUUCAUGGUUGGGCCUUGCCUGCAUUUUGUUAUUUGGUAUUCAGUGGCUUGCUGGGUUUGCUUCAUUUUGGAACACAAGGAGUGGAAGAAUUAAUAAACAUACUGUAUUACCAUGGCAUUCGUUUUUGGGGCUUUACAUUUAUGGAUUGGCCGUGGCAGCUGCAGAGACUGGGUUUCUAGAGAGAUUGACUUUCUUACAAGCAAGUAGAACAAUAUCCAGAGACUCACUUGAAGCUUUAGUGGUUAACUGUUUAGGACUUGUGCUGGCCCUGCUCAGUGGAUGUGUUAUUUUAUGUGCCAUCACUCCGAGGAUGAGUAAAGAUGAUGUAUACCGAGCAUUGCAAUAGUGUUUCCUCAGAAAGAUUUGAAACAAUCCAUAUUUUCAAUCAGUUCAAUUGGCAUCUGAUCUAAUUCAUGUCUUC